AUGGAGAUUAAUGAGAAGUUCUACCGUAAUGACCUCUGCUGUCUCAAAUCUGACCCGUCCUUAAUAGGACAUGUUGCUAGAACAUCUUAUGAUAUAGUGCAACCUGGAACCCUAGCCAACUUCACAAUCUACCGGUAUACUCAGGUUCCUGAGGAAGAUCUCGCUACUUUCAGGGAAUCAGGUACCCCGCCGAGGGGAUAUGCUUUUGUUGUUUUCGGUCAAAACUCGAAUGGCAGCGCUCUUAUUCACGAAAACGACCUCGAGCUCAUUGAUCGCUCGAUCGAGCUUGGUGAGCCAGUCAAGCGGGAUUUAAAUGACUCGAUGCAUGGCACGGUAAUCGGUGCAACAACAAAAUGCACCCUCGAGCCAAUUGUUUAUCAACCACUCGACCCUAUAACAGGAGACCAUCUUCAACCGAGGUUCACAGAGAGACCCGUUGGCGGCCAUGAAGGCUUCCCCGUUUCUGGGGCUCCUGAAACUAGCCCUUCCUUGCUCUACGACGUCCCAAACUCGGAACUCCGCAAUGCCAACGAGUUUACAGUAGGCGAUUAUAUCAUCUAUCACCAGCAGCUGGGAAUAGUCAUCAGAGUCGAUCAUGGUGUCACUAUACUCCUUCCGGACUCAACAGUUGUAACUCCUCUUGAACCGAUCACCUUAGAGGUUCCUAUGCGCGCCAAUCCUGCGGAUCUGGUCUCAUUAGCUCGCUGGGAUAUGGGGGCCAUCCAAGACGAAAAUUACCUUUGGGGUUCAGGGUCAAGUUCCUUUCCCGGCCAAUCAGUUUUGGCCGACAGAGCGAGUUUCGACCGGACUAGUCGUCGUUUUGGGAGUGAAAAGUCAUUGACCCAGGCCUAUGUGCUGACGACUCCUGUAGAGGAAGUCCGCGUCCAAUGGCUGUGUCCCAACGUGUUUUCUUCAGGGCCUCAAGACGAUACCCAUUUAACUGAGAUGUUUAGGGCAUCAACAUUGAAGGCAGAUGCCAUAAAAUGCGAUUUCUCGCGAUCACCAAAUCAGGACUCCAUGGUAGGUAACUGUACCUCUCUCCUUGGUAUUGGGGAUAGGGUUCGAUUCCAUGAUGAAAGUGUCGCGCAAAAGCAUCCCAACUAUCGGCGCAUUCCAAAACAUCAGACCUUUGGGUACGACAUGAACGUAUUCAAAAUUGUCUCAACCAAAACCGAGGCCAUCGUACAAUGGCAAGAUGGGAGUUGUACCACUGAAAAUGCCACUUCCUUGCAGGUAGGCUACAAUUGGGUGCGCGAACUGUGCCCUGGUGAUCUAGUUGCGUUGAAGGACGGCAUCAAAACUGUCGACAACCCUGCCAGUGCAAGAAGUGGGCCUGUGCCGCGUUUCCUUCAUUCGAAAGGGACAAUGCAUCUACAACAAGUUGGCGUUAUUCAGACAGUUGAAAGCAAAGAACAGACAGCCUAUGUUCGCUGGUAUCAAAAUUCGGUUGUUGACUUGACGCAUGAGGGAAGUGUGCUAAACCCAGGGUCAACUAUGGGCCGGCUAGAUGAUGCGGUUACACCUGUGUCUAUUUACGAGCUUGCAACUUUUCCUGCUUUAAAUAAGUACAAUGGUGAUCUAGUCGUUGUUGCCCCCGCAUCUAUUGAUCAAUCCAUCAUGAUUUCACCUCCUAUGGAUGAUACAACCGCACGCAGCAACCCUUUUCGACCGCACAGUAUUGUUGCACGUGCUUACUGGUCAAUGUAUCUUCAAAGGAUAAAGUCCGCAAUGAUGGCAUCUGAUUGGUUCAAAAAUACAACCACAAUACGAAAGCCUCCUUUGCGUCGGCGAUAUAGCGUUCACAAGGAAGAAGCUACAUCUCCUGUUGAUUUUUUUGGCCAGAUUGUUGCAAUGGAUACCAGUGGUAUCAUCACUGUUCGAUUCCCGAGUGCUAGCGGCUGCCACGAUAUUCAAAUCCCCUUUGAGCGAAUCAUGACAGUGAUUGACUCCUCCCCAGUGAUUCCUGGGGCGGAUGAUUAUUCAGACGAGGAUGAUGAUCCUGCUUCUGAUAUGAUUGGUGGUGGUUGGGUUGCUGGGGAUGAGAGUGAUGACUCUCUUGAAUCUGAUGGAUAUAUUCAUAUUCGAGAUGGGAGACUCAGGCUCAAACUUAAGGACCUGGAAGAAAACAUGAUGCAUUUACCAGAGACUGCUUUUGGUAAUUCACCACCGUCUUCUGACAACGAUGCUUUUUUUUCGGCUGAUCACCCGCCUAUGUCUACAUCUCAAGGCCCCAAUGAACCAUCAGCUCUGCGCCCACCAGUACCAGAGUCACCCCCUCCGUGCUUCGCUGUGUUAGAAGAUCUACCACCCUCGGAUCAUCGCUUUAUAAACAAGAAGAACUCAGAUACAUCCGCUGAUCGUGCGAGACGCAUUCGAGUCGAAUUUGAGAUACUCCAAAGCUCGUUACCGUCGGGAAUCUUUGUACGAUCAUGGGAGUCACAUAUGGAUCUUUUACGGGUAAUGAUCAUAGGCCCAAAAGGCACGCCGUAUGAGCAUGCUCCUUUUGUUUUUGAUAUACACCUCCCUUCAAGGUAUCCCUACGAAUUCCCGACGAUGUAUUUCCAUUCAUGGACUUCUGGACAAGGUCCUAUCAGCCCCAACCUGUAUGAAGACGGCCUCAUCUGCCUAAGCAUUCUUGGAACAUGGCCGAGUCGGAAUCCCGCAGAGAACUGGUCACCUGGAAGGUCCACGUUACUGCAAGUACUAGUCUCAAUAAUGGGACUUGUCCUCGUCAACAAUCCAUUCUAUAACGAAGCCGGCUAUGAAGCCCUCGCCGCAGAGAAUGACAGAUGCAUCGAGUCCUCCAGGUACACAGAGAAAGUAUUUCUCCUGACGCGCAAAUUCAUUUUGCAUGCGCUGGAACACCACGUGCCUGGGCUCGAGGAUGUACUUGAUUGGCAUUACCGCCCCAGUUCGUCCUCGUCCUCUACUCGUCCGCGGCUGUUGCGUAAAGUUAUUGAAGAUGCACUGGGGAUGAUCGAGCACCAUAACUGCACAUCAGAACAGACUGGACAGGGAUCUGAAGCUUCGGCCUUCUGUCACCGACUAAGCCUUGGUGCUGUUAUUGUGUUGCGAAAACAUAUUGAGGCUCUUGAGAAAAUGGAGUUAGAUAUGGCCGUCUGA